UUUAAAGGGGCCGGCGCCUCUCUGCGGGACGGGAGACCCCACCAAAAAUCAUUUGACCCUUCUCCCCUUUCUUCUCACUUUGCACUGCCCCUUCAUUACCUCUGGAACCCUAAUGGUGGUGCUUUACAGGACUGUAGAAAAGGAGCCAGUAACUGCACGCUUCUCUACCCUUCCAAAGCCAGGCUCUCCUCUGUUCCCCAAAUGAGAAGAAAAUAUAGGGGCCUAUAUUUGGAGCCCAAUCCAAUAGUUCUUAAUCAUGCAAAAAUCUCAUUGAAGUCAAUAAUAUUGAAUGGGGUGUAAUUCCAGGAAGAGUUUGGCCCAAAUGGUGUUUUGCCUGAAUAAGAACCCCAGAGGAGGUGUGCUUUUGUGUGCUUCAUUUUAGGGUGGGAUAACUUAAACCAUUAAAAGUAAUGUUAACCACAUCUACAUUUAAAAUUAGGACAUUUAGAUACUAUCUGUACAUUAAUCAAAGGUAAUCUAGCCCUUGGUUUCUCAGAGAGGUUCUACUUAUAUCAAUCACCAUAAGCAUUUUUUUUAAGUUGGUCAUUUUAUAUAAAAAACUGAAAAUGAAUAUUUUCUGGGACUUAACGAAUAAUGAAAGAAAAAUAGUGCUGCCAAAUACAUUCUCCAAAUCCUGGUCUCUAAAGAGCUUUAACAAAAUUAAUUUUUCAAGAAGGGUGAGGGGAAAAAUAAUUUUAGUCCACAGCCUAUAAACUCACCUCCCCUUGCUUUUUUUGUAAAUUGCUCAUUUAUGAAAUUACUUUAACUCUGAAAUAAAAAAUUCUGAAAACUAAAACAUGCAGCAUAAAAAGGAGAAAGUGGUCUUUAAAGAGCUAUAAUAACGUUACCUAUAAAUCUUUUCAUUGCAAGAAUCAGGAUGCAAUCCUCAAUGAGAGAUUUUUCUAAGCAAGACUUACAAGAUCUUAUCCAAAUUUUAUUUUGAAAGAGAAUUUAUUUUAAUGUUACUACUUUGUUCUGAAAGAAAGCAUUUUAGCUAUUUUAAAUUAUAUAAAAACCAUUACUAACCCAGAUUUUUAAAAGAAUAAAAAUUAUAAUAGGUUACUACUUUUAAAUGAGAUAAUUACAGAAUUCAGUAUACCAACAAGUUCACUCCCUGACAAGCUUUGGAUCAGAUCUUGCCUUUCUAGAUUAUUCAAAACUUUAAAAAUCAGUGGAAAUCCUGCAUUUGCAGUGGCUUUGGGACUGGAUCCGAAAGUUCACUUUAUUACUGCAGUCAGCAAUUUCUAAUUAAACUUGCUUUUAAUUUAGUUAUUUUUUUUGGAGGUGGGACACAAAUCCACAAUUCACAUUUUUUUUAAAAUAUAGAAAGGUCAGUAAAUUGCAACUUUUAACAGGAAGAAACCUGUUUUAUACAUCUUUAGAUUAAAAACAAAAACUGUCCAGUAUUGUCAGUCUGGAAGAAAUCUUGGAGGCUUUCUACAUGUUUUUAGGAAAAAAUACAAGGUUGUUUUUUUUUGUUUUUUAAACAAAAAUAAAAGAAGUAGAUUACAACUUUUAAGUGAAAGUGAACAGCUGAGCUAUUUCUAGAUGGUCAGACCUUCUGUUCUCUCUUAAAAAAAAAAAACACUUUUAAGUGUCUGACUUUUUAAAAAAUGAAGAGCAGAGAGUUAAUUAGAGCUUGGAAAAUAAUAUCAUCUGCGUGUGGUGGCUGCCUUUGCCUUUUUCUCUCUCUGCUUAUUUCUCUCUCCGUGCGGCUGGCAACUCCUGCUCUGUGCUGUGCUGUGCAGUGCAGUGCUCUCCUCUCUCUCUCUUUCUCUCUCUCUCUUCCCCCCUCCCUGCCUCCCUCCCUUCUCGCUGUCUGUCUCUCUCUCUCUCUCUCUCUCUCUCUCUCUUACACUGCCAGCCCCUGAUGUGAUGGCGAAGAAACCCCGUUGACAAGGCACUGCUUUUUCAUGACGUUGUCAUGGAUGAUGACGACGAUGAGUCCUGUCUCCUUGAUCUUAUUGGAGAUCCACAGGCACUGAAUUAUUUUCUACAUGGACCUAGCAGUAAAUCUAGCAAUGAAGACUUGACUAAUGCAGGGUACUCUGCAGCCAAUUCUAAUUCAAUUUUCGCCAACUCCAGUAACACUGAUCCUAAAUCCUCCAUCAAAGGUGUAAGCAAUCAGCUUGGAGAAGGGCCUAGUGAUGGACUACAACUGUCAAGUAGCCUUCAGUUUCUUGAAGAUGAACUUGAAUCAUCUUCUUUACCUGAUCUCAGUGAGGAUCAGCCUUUUGAUAUUCUUCAGAAGUCCUUACAGGAGGCCAAUAUUACUGAACAGACUUUGGCAGAAGAGGCAUAUCUGGAUGCCAGCAUAGGUUCUAGCCAACAGUUUGCACAAGCUCAGCUUCAUCCUUCUUCAUCAGCAUCCUUUACUCAGGCUUCUAAUGUGUCUAAUUACUCAGGUCAGACGCUACAACCUAUAGGAGUUACUCAAGUGGUACAGCAACCAGUUGGAGCAUCUUUUGCAAGCAAUACAGUUGGUGUGCAACAUGGCUUUAUGCAACAUGUGGGAAUUAGUGUUCCCAGCCAGCAUUUGUCUAAUAGUAAUCAGAUUAGUGGUUCAGGGCAGAUACAGCUGAUUGGUUCAUUUAGUAAUCAACCUUCCAUGAUGACUAUUAACAACCUUGAUGGAUCUCAGAUUAUAUUGAAAGGCAGUGGACAGCAAGCACCUGCAAACAUGAGUAGCGGACUCUUGGUUCAUAGACAAACUCCUAAUGGUAACUCACUGUUCGGUAACUCAAAUUCAAGUCCAGUAGCACAACCUGUAACUGUCCCAUUUAACAGCACAAAUUUUCAGACAUCUUUACCAGUGCAUAAUAUCAUUAUUCAGAGGGGUCUAGCACCAAAUUCUAAUAAAGUUCCGAUUAAUAUCCAACCAAAGCCUAUUCAGAUGGGUCAGCAAACAGCUUACAAUGUGAAUAACUUGGGAAUACAGCAGCAUCAUGUACAACAAGGGAUUCCUUUUGCUUCAGCAAGUUCACCUCAGAAUUCAGUAGUUGGUCCUCAUAUGUCUGUUAAUAUUGUUAAUCAACAAAACACAAGAAAAUCAGUUACUCCUCAAACAGUUAGUAAUGCUGGAGGUAGUAUUGUUAUCCAUUCUCCUAUGGGACAGCCUCAUGUAUCUCAAAAUCAAUUUCUCAUACCUACAAGUCUCUCUGUCAAUUCUAAUUCGGUUCAUCAUGUCCAGACCAUAAAUGGACAACUUCUUCAGACUCAACCUUCCCAAUUGGUUUCUAGCCAAGUAUCUGCUGAGCAUGUUAUGCUGAACAGGAACUCUACAAGCAUGCUCAGGGCCAACCAUUCAUAUUCAGGACAGAUGCUUAAUAAUCCGAAUACAGCUGUUCAAUUAGUUUCUGGUCAGACAUUCACAGCUCCUGGAAGUCAAGUUAUAGUAAAUCAUGGAACUUCUCAAAUUGUUGGUGGACAGGUGCCAUUACAACAGGCAUCACCAACAGUGUUGCAUUUAUCACCCAGUCAAAGUAGUGUUUCUCAAGGUAGAUCAGGUUUUACUACAAUGUCACCUGGACAGUCUACAGUCUCAAAUAUGUCAGCAUCUAAUCGAUUUACUGUUGUAAGUUCUUCUGGCACAGUACAUCCCAGCCUGGGGCCACCAAUUCAGUCUGUUGCAUCAGGAGGAAAUUUUACUGGAGAUCAACUUCCACAGCAGAAUAGAACACAAGUUUCAGUGAGUGUAUCACAUUGUCUUCCAGUUUCCUCUUCUAAAUCUAUCAGCACUUUCAGUCGCACAUCAGUAGGAGUAACACAGCAACAGUUCACUUUUGCUCAGGCUCAGAAAAAAGUUAUGAACCAGUCCUCACCAAUUUCUGCAUCAAAGUCACAGGAUAGCUUGAGACAGCCUCAGCUAACAGGUCUUCUGAGUAACACAUUGCCAGGACAGGAUUCUGGAGGUAAAAUCAUCCAGCAACCUUUAGGAACAACACAGUCACAGCAGGAAAAAGUAAUAGGAUCAUCUCCUGUCCAACAACAUGUGCAGGUGGAUGUUCAUACAGUUGGACAAAAGAGGCCUGCUGCUAAACAGCUAACAAAAGGAGCUUUUAUUCUACAGCAGUUACAGAAGGACCAGGCACAUGCUGUGACACCAGAUAAAAGUCAAUUCAGAUCAUUAAAUGAUGCAGUCCAGAGACUCCUCUCAUAUCAUGUGUGCCAGGGAUCACUGCCAACCAAGGAGGAUUUAAGAAAAGUGGACAGUGAAUUUGAGUCUGUAGCCACGCAGCUUCUGAAAAGGACACAAGCUAUGCUAAAUAAGUACAGAUGUUUGCUUCUAGAAGAUGCAAUGCGGAUAAAUCCCUCUGCAGAAAUGGUUAUGAUUGACAGGAUGUUUAACCAGGAAGAAAGGGCAUCUCUGUCCCGGGAUAAGCGCCUUGCACUAGUGGAUCCUGAUGGUUAUCUGGCUGAUUUUUGUUGUUCCUCUAAACAAUUUGAUGAAACUGCUGAUGAAGCACAGUCCAGUGAAACUGAUCAUCAGUGUAGUAAAACUUUGACUUCUCACAGUCAGCCUACCAAGAUCCAAACCAGAGACCGAUCAAAAUCCAGCACAGCGGAGUCUACAAAUCAUGACAAACUUCAUUUAGUGCCUAACAACAUUAUGACACAACAAGAAGGAAAAAUUUCUACUAAAAAAAUGGAAAGCCUCACUAAAGCUUUAAAGUUUGAGAAGGCUAGCUGUUCUCCUGACAGUCAAUACAUGGCUGAAGAGAAAUUGGCUGAUAAAGAUCUUGCCAAGACCAAUGAAAACUCUUCAAGUUCUGAAGACCUGUCAAAAACCUUGUCAAGAGCUAAUCAUGGUACACACAAAAUGUCAAGGAAUACAGUUGAAUCUCACUCAGAGGUAAUAUGUAAUAACUCCCUCCAAGACAAAACUCAGAGGAACUUUCCAAAGAAUGAGGUUUUACAUCCUGACAACAUGAAAGGCUCAGGUGAACCCCAACAGGAUUUACUCCUCAGUAAGAGUUUAGAAACUACAUUCAAAAACAUUUUGGAACUGAAAAAAACUGGGAGACCGCCACAAAGUGAGGCUACUGGCAGUGGCUCUGUAGAAUUAGACUUUCCAAACUUUUCACCAAUUGCUUCACAAGAAAACUGUCUGGAAAAAUUUAUUCCAGAUCACAGUGAAGGUGUUGUAGAAACGGACUCUAUUUUAGAAGCAGCUGUAAAUAGUAUCUUAGAGUGUUAAUAGUUACAGUACCAUGGACAAGUUAUGUUUCUCUUAGUAGAAGCAAAUGUGAAUGACACCACAAGUACAGCCUGACAUAUGUCAAAGGUUAAUCUUUCUAAACUAGAUUCAGUUCUGUGUUUGAGAGCAAUACUCAUUGUGAUUACAGUGAGAUAUCCAGUAAAGUUAAUCCUUGUUAGAAUGCAGUCUGUUGGGGCCUACACAUUUCAAGUAUUAUAAUGAUAGUGCUUAUGGUAAUUGUUUAACACUGCAAUUUAAUGAGGUUGCAGUUCAGGUAAUAAGGUAAUAUACUGACAAUCACAGUCAUAUGAAAAGGCAGAUUUGUUCAAGAAAACUUUAAAAAGAUAAAUGGAAGCAACAAUUUUCCCCCUUCCAUAAAUCACUAGAUUUUAUUUUAUUUUUUUCCAGGAAAACCUCGUGGUUAAAUACCCAUUGUACCGCUAUUCAGAAAUGAUUGUCUGUCUGUCUGAUUUAUUACUAAAUCCAUCUGCUCUAGGAUUUUAUGUUGGAAGGAUGUCAUCGGUACGUUUAUAGGGCUUCAUAUUUGAAGUGCUUUUCUGUUGUCUCUGGGCAGAAAGUAGUACAUGAGUAUAUCUGUAGUGGGUGAAUUUAGUCUGUGGAAUGAUACUGUAUAAUGUUAGUCACAACGGUAUGAUGUGAAAUAAUAUAUGCUAGACUAAGGAAAGAAGAACAGAAGCUAAUAAGUGGCAAAGUGUACAGGAGGAGGUCAUGAUAGAGCUAUGAAUUUAUAUAUAUAAAUACAUAUACAUGUUAACUCUUGAGGAGAAGGUUUUGCAUUUUAUACUUGGAUAUAGUCAACCUAAGUCUUUCUGAAGUGGUAUAAAUGUUUUUUGUUUUUGUUUUUUAAGACCAAGUGUCAAAAGCACUUUUAUUUGAAAACUGUGUUCUUAAAUUAGUAGUUUAUACUGUGAGGGGACAUUAGCCUUAAUCUGAGAAAUUUAAAGGCCAGUGUUGUUGUUGCUUGUUUCUGCUUCUUGCUGUCAGAAAAUAUUAGUCAUCCACAGCAGCAGUCACAACUACCAAAAUAUGUACAGACCAAAGUUAAUCAACUAUCCCAUUGUUAAAACGUAUCUAAACUUGUAUAAUUAUUAAUUCAGAUUUUAGAGCCAAAGGAAACCCCUGCGUGGUUUGUAUUUGGCUGGUGUUCGUGUUGACAAGAAUAGAAGCUUGUUAUUUUAUUUAUUUAUUCUUAAUGUGUGACUUUUCCCUUUUAUGGUCCAUGCUUUUUUAAUAGUUUACUUUGGUCAUUAGUGCUGUUGUGCACAUAAAUGUUCUGCCAUUACCAAGAUGAAUCUAGCAUGUAUGUCUGCUCAGAAGGGUAGAGCUGUUGUGGUUUCUAAGGCAUGCUCUCUAUCUCUCUUUCCUUCUGUCUUCCUCCCUGUUGCUCACAAAAAUAAACAGCCAUGUUUCAAAACUUGCUGAUCACCAUUAUCAUAAUCUAGAGAUUCAUUGUGACAAACUGUGGUUGUCAGUCAGAUUGCCAGAACUGCCAGGAAAGAAAACAAAAGGCCAGGUUUUGCUAUCAUUUGCACCAGUGUAAAAGAGAGCAGAAUUUGGCCCUUAGGCUUUUGACAGCACGAAAUUAUAAUGCACCUCAUUUUGUUGAGCUGCAGUCCACUAUGUGAUAACGUAAGAAAACCAAAUCUAGUCAACCUGAGAAAGAUAACAAUAUUUAACAUAUAAUUAAGGUUCAGUUCCCCUUCAAUGUGAAUGGAAAUAUAAAUAUUUUGUACAUUAUUAAUUGCCAUUUUAAAAAAUGUGUGCCAAUUUUGAAUUUGUCAAAAUCCAACAUUCCCAAAUGUCAUGUAAAACAUUUAAAAUAAUAACAUGGUAUUGCCAGUUUUAAAUUUCUAACUGGGCAUCAUUACAGUAGACUCUUAGGCAAUUAGCUAUUUUCUAGUUAAUGAGACCGACAGUAUAGUCUUUGCCAAUUGCCUUUGAAAUUUCAUAAAGAUAAUGAUGGCUGUGUAUCCUGCGGACUAUGUAUUUUAUAAUUCAUUCAAUUUCAGCCAGUAUGAGCAGUCUAGAAAGGAAGGCUGUAAGUUAUAUCAGCAAUGUAAAUUAGUUUAAUUUUCGUCUUAUGAGAAAAAGGUGCACAUUUAUGGAUCCCUUCGCUCUUGGUACCAUCUCAAACAGCGUAUUAGCUUCAAGCAUCUGUACAGCAAAUACAUAACCUAAAUAACAAAAUGUUGUGUCCACUAUAAAUUUAUUUUUCCUGGGCAGUGAAUUAUAGAUAGUGACAAAUAACGAUUAAGACAUGUUUUUUAACAUUGUUGAUUAGGUCAGACAAAGGUUUGUCCAAACAUCUUAUGUCCGGAAUCCAUUGAGCAAAGGCCAGCAAACUUACUGUUGGAUCAUUAGUGUUCUGUUAUUCAUUCAUUUGAAUUCUACUUUAGGAAUACUUAUACUUGGUAAUGCAGUAAACAGAAUAUUCUUAUAUAUGAAAUAUUGUUUUAAUAAAGUGUGAAUUGGAAUCUGAUCCAGUGAAAUACUUUAACCAUGCCUGAUUUUAAGCACAUGCUAAAAUGCUUUGCUGGAUCAGCAUAAUGAUUUCCAAUGUUCUUGAAUACUGCCUAAGGUUAAAAUAAAUUUUAAACUGGCAAUUACAAAAAAUAUUUUAACUUUGAAGAGUUCAGCAUAAUUUAUCUCUUAGACUAGGGAGGCCUUACAGACUGACUUCACUUAAAAAGGAUGUGUCACUUAUUGUCAAUGUGGUAUGGACUUUAUUUGCUUAAAUACAUUCAUUUGUAUAGUAUGUCUCACUUGAAAUUGCUUUGUAUACAUUUUGUAAAAAAUAUUUAUAAAAUGUUUUGUAAAAAAAGUAUAACAAAUUGCAGUUUAUUUUGUUAUGUUGGAUAAAUACUGUUAAAAGACACAAGUCGGUAAAUAUAUUGUUAAUCCAUGGAUAGGAAAUGUUUAGUUGGAGAUUACAGAUUGAAACAACCAUUGCAAUACAGCCAAAGAUUUGGGAAAAAGUA